GAGGGGGGAGUAAUACGGUUGCUAACCGUCAGCAGAACGGUGUCGCCUGUCGCGUGUGUUUGACAACAAAACGUUGUAACAGAACAUGGAAACGAGGUCGUACGAGGCAACAAACCAUCUCCAUCUCUUUACCUCGUACGUGAAAUAGUCACCCACACUGGCUCAGUCACUCUCGAGAGCCGAAGAAGGAAAAAGCGGGUCGAAAAUGGAAGGACUCGGGUCGAGAUUGGGCAGGGCGUCCUCUAGGUAUGGCCAGACAACCACCGUCUUCAACGGCCCCGUCCGGAGGUGGAAGAAGAGGUGGGUCCACGUGUCCUCUUCAUCCCCCUCUCUUACUUACCAAAACCCUCACUCCCAAUCCAACAACAACGGCAAUAGCUCUCGCCUCGUCCUCUGCCGCUGGACCCCAAUCUCUCCCGCCAACUCCCCCGCCGAACGUGCCGCCGCUCCGGAUGAGCCCCCUCACCGGAAGUUCCGCUACACGCCCGUUUCUGUGGUAGAGGAACAGAAAAUGGGAAUUCAGAAAAAGGUUGGAGAUGCUGAGAAAACUAGUGAGGUUGAUGAAUCAGUUACCCCGAGUGAUGAGAUGCAUGGAAACCAAACAUUGAUCAAAUUAUGAAGGAACAAGAUGAGGAGUUGGACGAGAACCAAUCUGGCGUGCAGGAUUCAAACAGGAGCCAUCUGGAUUUAGAUUUGGGCUUGAAAGGUCACAGUUCCAAUCUUGAUUUACUGGUUCAGAUGAAGAAAGGAAGCUCAGAGAGAUUUUGGUUGGAUUGAUGCUCAGCGUGUGAUUUCUCUUUAGUACGAUACUGCUUAUGAUGCAUGUAACUAAGCCGUAGGAUUAGUUUGUGGAUUAUCCCAUCUCAUAUAUGGUUAGUAAGUAGUAGUACAUGAUCAACGAGCACAUGAUGUUUCUGAGUGUUCGACUCGACUGUUUGUAAAGAUUACCCAUGUGGCUAUGAGCCACUCUCUGUAUGGGUCUAAGAGGGUGGUUUAAGGUUUCGUGGUAUAAGUGGUCGUUUUGAUUCUGUA